AUGGAUAUAAUUUGUGCUGCUUGUUCUUCACAAAUCGUUGAUCGAUUUAUGCUAAAAGCUUUGGGAAAAUUUUGGCAUGAAGAUUGUUUGAAAUGCACAUGUUGUAAUUGUCGUUUGGGUGAACUGGGUUCAAAACUUUAUUAUAAACAAAGUAUGAUACUUUGUGCGAGAGAUUAUCUUCGCCUGUUCGGACUUAAUGGAAUUUGUGCCGCAUGUGAAAAAAACAUCCCAGCAUUCGAACUAGUCAUGCGAGCGAAAAGUAAUGUUUAUCAUCUCCACUGCUUUGCUUGUCAAAUUUGCAGCAGUAGCAGCACUCAAACUUCGGCUCUACUGAUUAUUGCUGCCAGAGAGCCAUCUGAGAAUAAAGUAAAUGCUAGAGCCAACAGAAUUUCAGAACUUUUAAGAUUUUGCAUCGGUGAUAAAUACUAUUUAUGCGAUAAUAAAAUACUUUGCCAGUAUGAUUAUGAAGAACGUUUAACAUUCCUUCGAGCCGCUUAUAAUAAUCAAAGCUUUACGGAAAUCUCAAAAAGUAUUGAGCAGUUGGAUGAUUUUGCCAUAAGUUUCCGUGAUAACAAAUUAUUUACUCCAUAG